ACAUAUUCUCCCCAUCUGUUCAUUUGAUACCCCUCAAACACAGAUAUUGUAUACUCCUUCACUUGGAAGUUAUACACCACACAGCACAACACCAUGCGUGUCAACGCUCUUCUACCGUUGAGCGGCCUCAUUGGCACUGCUCUGGCGGCAUGCCCCUUUGCCGACCCUUCUGCUCUUGGUCGCCGUGCCGAGGGCGGCGAGGUUGACGCCCGUGAGAGGUUGAAGGAGGUUGAGGUCGACGACAACGGCCAAUUCAUGACGACAGAUUUCGGCGGCAAUGUUGGGGAACAGUUCAGCUUGAAGGCUGGUGGUCGGGGCUCAACAUUGCUUGAGGACUUCAUCUUCCGCCAGAAGCUCCAGCACUUCGAUCAUGAGCGCAUUCCCGAGAGAGUCGUCCAUGCCCGUGGUGCCGGUGCCCACGGUAUCUUCACCAGUUAUGGCGACUGGUCCAACAUCACCGCCGCCUCCUUCCUGGGCGCCGAGGGCAAGCAAACACCGGUCUUCGUCCGCUUCUCUACCGUUGCCGGUUUCAGGGGUUCCGCCGACACCGCCCGUGAUGUUCACGGCUUCGCCACGAGAUUCUAUACCGAUGAGGGCAACUUCGAUAUCGUCGGUAACAACAUCCCCGUCUUCUUCAUCCAGGAUGCCAUCCGCUUCCCCGACCUUAUCCACUCCGUCAAGCCUAGCCCCGACAACGAGAUUCCCCAGGCCGCCACCGCCCACGAUUCCGCUUGGGACUUCUUCAGCUCCCAGCCCUCCACUCUCCACACCCUCUUCUGGGCCAUGUCUGGCAACGGCAUUCCCCGCAGCUUCCGUCACAUGGAUGGUUUCGGUGUGCACACCUUCCGCCUAGUGACCGAGGACGGCAAGUCCAAGCUCGUCAAGUGGCACUGGAAGACCAAGCAGGGCAAGGCCGCUCUCGUCUGGGAAGAGGCUCAAGUCCUCGCCGGCAAGAACGCCGACUUCCACCGUCAGGAUCUCUGGGACGCCAUCGAGUCCGGCAACGCCCCUUCGUGGGAGCUCGCCGUUCAGCUCGUUGAUGAGGAGAAGGCCCAGGCUUACGGCUUCGACCUUCUUGAUGCCACCAAGUUCCUGCCCGAGGAGUUCGCUCCUCUCCAGGUUCUCGGUGAGAUGACACUCAACCGCAACCCUACCAACUACUUCGCCGAGACCGAGCAGAUCUCCUUCCAGCCCGGCCACAUCGUCCGUGGUGUCGACUUCACCGAGGACCCCCUGCUGCAGGGUCGUCUCUACAGCUAUCUCGACACCCAGCUCAACCGCCACAAGGGCCCCAACUUUGAGCAGCUCCCCAUCAACCGCCCCGUCUCUGGCGUCCACAAUAACCACCGCGACGGUCAGGGCCAGGCCUGGAUCCACAAGAACAUCCACCACUACACUCCCUCUUACCUCAACAAGGGCUACCCUGCCCAGGCCAACCAGACCGUCGGCCGCGGCUUCUUCACCACUCCCGGCCGCACCGCCUCUGGCCUCCUGAACCGUGAGCUCAGCGCCACCUUCGACGACUACUACACCCAGCCCCGUCUCUUCUUCAACUCGCUCACCCCCGUCGAGCAGCAGUUCGUCAUCAACGCCAUCCGCUUCGAGACCAGCCACGUCACCAACGAGCAGGUCAAGAAGAACGUUCUCGAGCAGCUCAAUAAGGUCUCCAAUGACGUGGCCAAGCGUGUCGCCGUCGUCCUCGGCCUCGAGGCCCCCCAGCCCGACCCCACUUACUACCACAACAACGUCACCCGCGGCGUCUCCAUCUUUAACCAGACCCUGCCCACCAUCGCCACCUUCCGCGUCGGCGUCCUCUCCACCACCAAAGGUGACUCCCUCGACAAGGCCAAGGCCCUCAAGGAGCAGCUCGAGAAGGACGGCCUCAAGGUCACCGUCGUCGCCGAGUUCCUCGCCCAGGGAGUUGACCAGACCUACUCGGCUGCUGAUGCUACCGGCUUCGAUGCCGUUGUUGUCGCUGAGGGCGCUGAGCGCGUCUUCAGCGGCAAGGGCGCCAUGAGCCCUCUCUUCCCCGCUGGCCGUCCUAGCCAGAUCCUCACCGAUGGUUACCGCUGGGGUAAGCCCGUUGCUGCUGUCGGCAGCGCUAAGGAGGCGCUCAAGAGCGUCGGUGUUGAGGAGAAGGGGGCUGGUGUGUAUGCCGGUGCUCAGGAUGAGGUUGUCAAGGGUGUUGAGGAGGGCCUCAAGGUUUUCAAGUUCCUUGAGCGUUUCUCUGUUGAUGGUGAUGAUGAUGAGGAGUAGAUUUGAUAGCGAAGGAAAGACAAAGCGAGGAGGAAAGGGUAAUGCUUAAUGAGCAAAUGAUGGAUGGUUGAGCUUGUUUGAAUGUCCAUUAUCCAGAAGGAGGUUGGUCUUU